AAACCGGUUUCAGUGGGAAGAAUAUUGAGACUUGUUACUUUAAUUUCGUACAAAAAUUCCUGAAUAUUUUGUUCAAAUAUAUAUUUACGAAGAAGUGAGGCAUUGGCCUUUUUGUGUAGUCAUUUACACUUAAUUGAUCAACCGCUACAGCGCUCCAUAUACAUACCUGAACUCGCAGAUAGAAUACCUACAGGACCGAUUACGUAAUGUGUGAGGUGUUUUAGACGUUCUCUCUUAACUUUCACCAUAGACGUGAUUAUUACGUUCAACAGAAUGUCAAGUCGCAAACGUCUUUGUCGUUUUAUAGCUGUCACAACAUCGUUGAUCAUUUUUGUUGUGUAUCUUUUAAAUAACAUGGAGUCUACAGAGAAACUACGGACCCUUGGAUUGGGCGUUAUUAGAAUGCUUGCUGAUCCUGGUGAACAGUCAAGUCCCAAGAAGAAGUCAUAUGACAUAUUAUUAGUCGGCUAUUUAAGAGGCGGAACAACUUUUACGGGAGGUAUCCUUGGAUCCAGAAAAAACAGCUUUUAUUUGUAUGAACCGCUUCACAACUUGAGCACAUUUGGUUACUUUAAACCAGGGUAUGAGUGCAGCUUGAAGCAUGAAAGUUGCAGGGAAAGGAAACAAGGAGAGGAGAAAAUACUUACGAUAGUAAAGGCGGUAUUCGACUGUGAUUCCGACAGCUACAAUCAGACAUUACGAUGGUGGCAAAUCCGAUUUUCAGGGGCUGCUGAAAAGGUCAAUGAUAAAAAUUGUGAUAAGAAAUCUGGGAGUAGUACUGAAGCAUGUUUAAUGAAGUAUCUAAAGUUAUGCUCGACUUAUGGUUCAGUUGUUAGCAAAAUUCCUAGACUCAGUGUCAGCCUGGCGGUUAAACUUUUAGAGAGGUUACCGAACUUAAAAAUAAUAUAUCUUUUAAGAGAUCCAAGAGCUAUCAUGAACUCAAGAAAACGUCUUAGAUGGACCCCUGUACCAGGAGGUGCCAUAUCCUUGUGUAACAAAAUGACUGAUGAUUACCUGGCGUCACAGAAAGCUCAAAUAGCCUACCCUGGGAGAUUGCAGAUUGUGUUUUAUGAGGAUAUUGUGACACAACCACUGGAAACAUUAAAGACGAUAUAUAACUUCGCAGGGUAUGAAUUUGAUGCUGCUGAACAACUUCGGCUAGAUAAGAUGACAAAAAACUCCGCCAGAAUCGCAACCAAUUGGAGAAAGGUGAUUAACAAAGUUGUACUGAGAGAAACAAACAAAGCCUGCACUCAUGUUUAUCGGCUGUUCGGAUACCCACAAUUAACGGAUCCAUGGAAUAAGAAUACUAGCUUUCCACUCAGAAUUAAAACAGAGUACGAACAAAUCCCAUGAUAUAUUAGAUAUACGGAGUGCUGUAAAAUAUAUCUAUGUACAGUUGAUUGGUUAUUGGUUGUGUUCGCGUUGAUUAUUCUAUACCCAAUAUAUUUUAACAUGUAGAUGAUUUAGUAUUUAGAGAUAUUUGUAUAAUUGUAUAUCAUUGUCACUAUGAUUUGUGUCAAAAGUAAGCUCAAAACAUUUUGCAAAAAUUUUGUUAUUGGUCGUGUUCGCGUUAUGUAUUAAGUAUUAAAUGUUACAACAUCAAAAAAACACUUGUGCUUUAGUUGAACAAUUAAGCAUAAAUCAACAAUUGUUUUCUGGAUAAAAGCAUAAAAUAGUUGAUGGAAAUGCAUAGAUUUAAUGUCAAUUCUACUACUUCAACGGUUACAAUUUUCGCACAAAUUUUGAAACGGAUUGUUAUUGUGUCAAAAGUAUUUCCUACCAAUGUAAGCAAUAAAGAUGACUUUUAUCGGACAAGGUGUGAAACGGACUAUAAUUCUGUCUUUACUACUAAUGAAAGCUUAAACACUAUUCGAAGAAAUUGUGAAAUGGAUAUAGUUAUUCAUACUUUAAAAGUAUGAUGGAUUAAGUCACGCGAUUUCGGUGGCAUAUAUACACCCGAUGUAAUUGGAAAUACCUUCUUAGCUAGGCGACUUUGGAAUUCGAUGUCAAUUUCAUUCUUAUCCUGUAAUGACUGACUUCCAAAACAGGAGGCAAGGUAUUUAAAACAAAUCAAAUAGUUAAAAAAUCUUUUUUUUGUGUGUGUGUGUGUGUUUUUUUUUGUUGUUUGUUUACUGCUAUAAUGUAGUUAGUUACUAACAUAUCGGUUCCUGGGCAUAUGAUGGGUUGAUAUUGCAUAUUUUUAGUCUGAUUUAUUGUGAAAAAUUUUGCAUUUUUGUGACUGAUUUUUUGUUUUUUGUUUUUUUUUUUUUUUUGUUCUAUCAUACAUUCAAUGGUUAAUGUAAAGGUGACGACAUCAUAGUUACAGGAAAAAGACAUUCAUUAUAAAGAACACUAUUAAAGAUACAUAACAUUUAAUAAAAAUUGAAUUAAUAAAACAAUUUCAAGUUUUCCUUCAAAUCGUUGACCCACAAUGUUAGAUUUCCUUUAUCAAAUGCUACAUGUACUUCUUUUGGUGAGGAUAACAAUAUAUCACAUAAAUUGUU